CUGCCCCAGUCGACUUUUCUCCAACGAACGCGCAUACACACACUCACUCAAACACAAACGCAUUACUUAACAGUUUCCGCCUUCUAUUUUUUUUGUGAGAAAUCAUCAUUCGUCUCGUGCAAGAAGAAGAAAAGGCAGAUGGGGAUUUUGGAUUACGUUACAGACGUCUGUGAGCUGUCUCACGGCCGCAGCAGCAGGAGGAAGCUCAAGAAGCUCAAACAACUUCAGACCGUGGAGAUCAAGGUGAAGAUGGACUGUGGGGGAUGCGAGCGUCGGGUUCGAAAAUCAGUGGAAGGGAUGAGAGGAGUGACCAAGGUGGAGGUGGAGCCUAAGCAGAGCAAGCUCACGGUGAUCGGGUACGUGGACCCGAAUAAGGUCCUGCGCCGGGUCCAGUAUCGCACGGGCAAGGUGGCCACCUUCUGGCCCUACGUGCCCUACGAUCUUGUGGACCAUCCAUACGCCCCGGGGGCAUACGACAGGAAGGCUCCUCCCGGGUAUGUGCGGAACGUGAUCCAGGACCCGCAGGCAUCUUCACUCGCCCGUGCUAGCUCAUUCGAAGUCAAGUACACGACCGCGUUCAGUGAUGAAAAUACUAAUGCCUGUUCGGUCAUGUGAUUCGGAAUUAAGUACUCAAGAGAAAAUGUGUAAUGUAUUUGUAUUGUAGAUCUGGCAUACGGUAAACAAAGUGGUUACUAAAUCUUGUGAUGUGCUUAUGUAAAUUAAUUUGGGUUACCAAGCAGCAAAGAAUUUUCAUUUUUUUUUUGGUGUUGUAAAUUUUACGAAAUUAAUUUUUUUUUUAUAUUUA